AUGUCUGACAAGGCCGCCUGGUUCGUCACCGCAGCAAGCAGAGGCAUCGGCCUCGAGCUCGUGACGCGGCUCAGCGCCUCGCCCGCGAGCCUCGUCAUCGCGGCGUGCCGCAACCCCGAGGGCGCGCCGAAGCUAGAGGCGGCAGCGAAAGCCGCAAAGGGCGAGCUGCACGUCGUGACACUCGACACGGGCGACGAGGAGAGCAUCCGCGGCGUCGCCGACCAGGUCGCCGAGAUCCUGGGCGACCGUGGGCUCGACUACCUCGUGAACAUGGCCGCGAUCACGGAGGGCGACGACAAGGCGUUCGGCUUCUCGCCCGAGGGAUUCAUACAGUCCAUGCGCGUGAACGUCCUCGGCCCGGCGCUGCUCGCGCAGGCGCUCCUGCCCUUCCUCGAGAAGGGCAAGCGCAAAGUCAUCGUGAACGUCACGAGCGGGCUCGCGAGCAUCGGCCUCAACUUCGGCGACAAGAACGCGACGUACAGCAUCAGCAAGACCGCGCUCAAUAUGCUCACGUACAAGCAGGCGAUGCAGAGGCCAGAUCUCGUAGCGUUCGUGAUAGACCCUGGCUGGGUGAAAACAGACAUGGGCGGCCCGAACGCCUUCAUCACCACCAGCGAAUGCAUCGACCUCCUCCUCAGCUGGAUACCCGACGCCGGCCCCGAGCGUUCAGGCAAGUUCUUCAACAACAAGGGCGAGGUGCUCCCGUGGUAGAUGUCGGUGGUGUAUCAUAUAUCGUACAGCGGAAUAUAUUACCU